CCUGGAGUAAUACAGGUCCCUCACAGGCUCCUCUUCCCGGGGCCCCGAGGGCAAGCAGUGCCCCAGCUGCCCCCACGGACCCUGCCGCUGCUCCUGGUUCCUUGGAAACCUCUGUCAUGUCCUCCUUUGGGCUCUAGGUGCCUUCUCCGCAGCUGGUGACAGCGCACAUUGAUGCUUAAUACCAGUACAUCUACUGAAACAUGAAGACUAAAGCCAAAGGGAAGAAGCAAAAGAAUACUGUUGAUAAAGAAGCAUUUUCAGAGGAGUCAGCAAUGAAAAACAAAGAACUGGUGAAAUGCUUGAGACACAAAGAAAGGAGGAAUGGGAGAAGUAAGGAGAGCAGCAAGAGUACUGCAGCCAGAGCCAAGCAUCCUUGGAGCAGUAAAGACAGACACUUGAGGAGACUGGAAAGCAACGAGCGGGAGAGGCAGAGAAUGCACAAGCUCAACAAUGCGUUCCAGGCCUUGCGGGAGGUAAUCCCUCAUGUGAGAGCUGAGAAUAAACUUUCCAAAAUAGAGACUCUCACAUUGGCCAAAAAUUACAUUAAAUCCUUGACCUCCAUUAUACUCAGUAUGUCCAACGGACACUUUGCAGAAGGGAUGGGGGGAGCCUGGGGGUCCAAACUGUGCCAGCAUUAUCAACAGCAGUAUGCAGAUGAUGAUCAUGAGGAACAUCUGCAAAAACAUACCACAUAGAUUUAUAGCUUCAGCAAAAAUACCUACGGUUUUAGCUAGUUUUAGUAAGUUUUAGCUUACUACCUUCAUUCCUCUUCCUACUUGCAUGAUAAUACAUUUCAGUACAUAGCUGGAGGUGAAAAAUAAUCUUUUAAAUUCUCUCUGUCCUCCUUUUUUUCCAUAAAAAGACAAACAGGUAACACUAACAGCUAUAGCUUGUGCUGCAUAUAAAGUUACCCUAAAUUAUAAGGAAUUUUCGGAGCUUAUACUCCUGGGAAAGGUUGUGAGUUCACUUUUAAGGCCUGAGUCACCCGAGUUCACUCGUAUUUAUUGAGAAUCUUGGCUGUAACACUGAUCACCAACCAUUCAGUGAAUUGGUUCUUGUCUAU